GUCAGUACCGAUUUGUGCCUCGAUCGCGUUUGACGUUGUUCAAAGACUGAGUUUAUGCAAUUUGUGCCGCCCGUUACGCGUAUGUUAGUUUUGAGCGCGGAACAAUACCCCCACAUAUUCGGAACGUGACCAGCGAACACGCGCCCAAUUACCUUUUGUGUGUUUUUGUUUUUGCUUUACGGCAACCGGAGAUCACAAGAACGGAAAAAGUCGUGACGUUUAGUGAAUGCUUAUUCGGAUUUGAUCGCAGUUGGCCACAGCAACGAUUAGCGCACAACGCACCGGGGCGACAGUUGACUGUUGGUUAGUUGGAACUGACGUCUGGAGAACUUUUUCGUGUUGAUUCGCGUGGCGCAACGUGGGGUUCGCUGAUUCAUACUUGCGCGGUGUUGAAUGUGAUUGUUUUUUUCGGGGGUGGAAGCGAACGCUAAGAAUUACGUUACGACUGAGAUUUGCCCGUGUGGCAAUCGAAUGGUCGCAUAAUAGCAUCAAUUACGCCCCCGCAUAAACAACUGGUGCUAGGUGCCAUUAUCGCGGUAUACCAGAACGACCUGAAAGCGAUUCCGUUUGUGUCUCUCUGAGCAAACGAGGGUGUAAACAGACGGAGAAAAGGUUACUUUGAUUAUAUGGGUUCGUGCAUAGCAAAAGGAAACGAACGUUGGCAGAAGGAAGAAAUAGAAUUGUGAAUUGUUUCUGAGCUUCGCUUUGCUACUGCAGUGUGUCCCUUUCCUUACCGGGUGUCACAUUUGCUCAGGAAGCUCGAAAGUGAAAAGGAAACAACCGGAAUAUGGUCAUUUGAGGGACCGGACGAGCAUGUGUCGCAGUAAAUGGCACGGAAAUAAAAGGAAAAGAAGAAAAUAGUGUCGGCUAAGAAAAGAAAAUAAAUCAAUAAAAGUGUGCUUCCCAAAUCGGAUCACUGGUUCACCGGAGAGGUGAAGGUGUCUGGCAAGUGUUUUUCUGUUCUGUUCUUGUGUGUCUGUAUGUGUGUUUGUGCCUAGACGUGUUUAUUAGAAGAAGCAAAUUAGACGUGUCGCGGCGUGUUUUUUUGUUAUCGCAACGAACAAAUUUAGCUCCGGCAAGAAGUUUGGCCUCGGAACGGAUUAGUGGACCACCGGGUUUUGCUGAUAAGCGAUCUACUUGGAAUUUUCAUCAGCUUUGCAGUAACGAAAAAAAAAACAGGUGUACAGGAUGGACGAGAAGCCGAAAGGAAAGGAUCCAGAACAGUCGUUCUGCUUCAUACGGGGAUCCGACCCGCGGGCUGCCACCUGCCGUGGGAAACUCCAGAGUCGUCGCUGCAAGCUGAAUCAGGAAAUCAACAAGGAACUGCGGCUCCGGGCGGGAGCGGAGAACCUGUUCAAAGCGACCACCAACAAAAAGUUGAAGGACACGGUGGCGCUGGAACUUAGCUUCGUCAAUUCCAACCUGCAACUGCUGAAGGAACAGCUUUCGGAGCUGAACUCGUCGAUGGAGAUUUAUCAGGGCGAAGGAGUGGACUACGUCAUACCGAUGAUCCCGCUCGGCCUGAAGGAAACCAAAGAAGUCAGCUUCAUGGAACCAUUCUCGGACUUUAUCCUGGAGCAUUACAGCGAAGAUUCCAACGUGUACGAGGAUGCCAUCGCAGAUAUCACCGAUACGAGACAGGCUGCCAAAACCCCGACCCGCGACACGCAAGGUGUGGCGCUAUUGUUCCGCUACUACAACCUGUUGUACUAUGUCGAGAGACGAUUUUUUCCGCCCGAUCGAAGCCUCGGGGUUUAUUUCGAGUGGUAUGACUCGCUUACCGGGGUACCCUCGUGUCAGCGUACGGUCGCAUUCGAGAAAGCCUGCAUCCUGUUCAAUCUGGCCGCUAUCUACACGCAGAUCGGGGCCAAGCAGGACCGCUCGUCCGAGAAGGGCCUGGAUGCGGCGGUCGACAAUUUUCUGCGGGCUGCCGGAGUGUUCAAGCAUAUCUACGACACGUUCACGAAUGCACCUUCGAUGGAUUUAAAACCACAAGUCCUGGAAGUGCUGGUAGCACUGAUUUUGGCCCAGGCACGGGAGUGCCUAUACGAGAAACUUUUACUACAGCUAGAAGAAACGACCAAUGCCGAUUGUAGUGCGUUCCACCGCAAUCUUUCCGGCGAGGCCACCCAGUUGAUGGGCGAGUACCAGGAAAUCCACCGGAUAAUACAGAGUAACGAGGCGCACACCUACCUCCCGGAAUGUUGGGCCGGCCUGGUUCCCCUCAAAUCUGAACACUACAAAGCCCUUGCCCACUAUCACACCGCCAAAUCGAUUGAUGCAUCACUGGCUACACUGAAAACGAGUACUCCUUCCAAAUCUAGCGCCAAACUGAAGGCAUCCGGUGGAGCAAUCGGUGCAUUCGGCAGCCAAACGUUGACCCAGUCCCGAGAUACCUUCAUCUUCGACGAAAGCUCCCUCGAGGGUGACCUGAAUCCGGCGAUGUUGAAGAAAGCCCACCUUCGCGAAUCGUUGUCUAGUCACGAGGAAGCUCAGAGGUUGCAGCGAAUGUGCCGCGAGUUGAAGAACAAAAUUGCGCUCACCAAGGUGCUGAACUAUGCACUGGAAAAGACAGCCGAAGAGUUGGAAGUGCUGGACUUGGAAUUGGACGGAGCGGGCUUCCAGGAUGAGGACAUCGAUUUGAUUGAUGUGACACUGAAUACUACCUCUAAAUUCACGAUUUCUCUCACGGGACCGGAUUUCACGGCGUACAAAAUUGAAGAUCCAUUCCGAAAGCUAGGACCGAUCGCAAUAUUCUCCGCCCGACGCCACUGGACGGCUCCUCGAUGCAUCCGGCUACAGAAGGGUAACACAAUGGCAAUGACCGGCGGAGGGACACUGGAUCGACGUCGCUAUAACAGCACUCUGAACGGUAGUGGCGGAAGCAGCAGCGGAGGCAGUAGCAUUGGAAGGAGCGACGACAGCCGUGAAAAGUGUCAAUGCAAUAAAACCAACUACUACAAUGACGUCCGGUCGUGCGAUGUGUGCUUCAAGAAUGUAUCGAAUGCGUCGGAAUCAAAUUACCGUCCGAGCCAGAAUGGGCAUCAUGCCGUUUCACGAUCGAAUGUGGCUGCUGCCGUGGCAGCUCUGAACGGACUGCAAACCGGAACGGACGGUAGUACCUGUGGCGUCGACGUCGACAACUUCGAAAGCUUCGGAUUUCACAUACGAGGCGAUGCGCCGGUUAUGAUUUCGACGGUGGAAAUAAAUUCAUUGGCCGAUCUGGGUGGCAUAAAGGAGGGUGAUUUCAUCGUGGAAUUGUGUGGGGUCGACGUGAAAUGGUACACCCAUCAGCAGGUGUUGAAGCUGAUCCAAAAUUGCUCCAACAGCAUGGACCUUAAAGUGAUCACUCCGAUGGAUCGCAAUUAUCUGAAGCCAAUGUCUUCUACCCAUUCGAAGGGAUCGAUUUCGACGCUGUCCGGCAGCUCGUCCGGUGUUUCCUCCGGUGCUCCGAGCCCGACUGGAACCACCACCAAGAACAGCAAGCCCCGUUCGAAGCUCGGUAAAAACCGGCUCAGCAGUUUCACCUCCGGAAGCUGGAAUCCGUUCCGUCGGACGCAGAGUUUGGGGAAAAUUUUCUAGUUGACAGUUCUUCCCCCCCGGAUACAAUUGAGUCUUAUUGUUCAACCCCCCUACGUUCUAUUCUAAUCACAAAACUUUAGAAAUGUAACAAAUCAGAUGCCAUCAAUCACAAUCCGUCGGGAAGUGUGAAUUAGAAAACAAGUGUACUUAAUUUAUUAAAUUGUUUCAAAACUUUAGUCUUUUAUUCGCGUGUAUAUUUAUUAUUUUAACCUCCGAUCAAACCGAAAGCUUAAGCGUAGCCACUUUAGAACGGUACAGGAACCGAGUAUAGAGAAAAGCUCAAACAAUGGAUGAGUUUAAUGUACGUGUAUAAAGUUUACUUAUAUUGUAAAUUUAAUGUCUCUUAUCUAAAGACUAUGUUUAUUCGUUUAACAAACGUAAAGCAAGAUACAGGAUAAUGUAACCAAGAUAAAACUAUAAACAUACUUCUUCCAUAUUUGCGCGGUUUUAAGGCAAAUCAUAUAACUAAAAAUUUAUUCAAAUUGAACCGUUGGUGAAAUAAAUAUUGUUUUAAAUUUAAA